UUCAGUCAUGCAGGUUGUAAGAAACUCUGGGUCGUGGCUCCUGCGGUCCUGGACUGGACCUGGGAUGACCAGGCGUGUGGUCAUUGCCCCAGUUAAGAAUAUCCACACCAGAGCACCGAGGUUAGAAGACUCAGCUGCCAGGCAGAACACUGAAAAGGAAGCGGCUCCUAGUCGCUUCAGCAUUUACCCUCCAGUUCUAGGACAGGAAAGUUCUCUGCGGUGGGUGGGGAUGAAAUUUGAGGAAGUCCCAAUUGCACACAUUAAAGCAACCUACAACAACACGCAGAUCCAGGUAGUCUCUGCCACCAACACAUCCUUGGCCUGCACCUCCUGUGGCACAGAAGGCUUUCACAAUGCCAAGAAGGGCACUGGCAUCGCCGCGCAGACAGCAGGCAUAGCCGCAGCAGCAAAAGCCACAGGAAAGGGAGUGACCCACAUCAGAGUCGUAGUGAAAGGCAUGGGACCAGGACACUGGUCUGCCGUCAAAGGACUGAUCAUGGGGGGUUUGGAAAUGAUCUCAAUCACCACCAACACCCCUGUCCCACACAAUGGCUGCCGACCCCGGAAGGCUCGAAGGCUGUGAUGGGAAGGAAGCCUGCACUUGGACCUGGCCUAAGGUCUUGACUCGGGUGGAUCCUACAAAAGGCCCACUGUGGAAACUGCCGGAGCAGGCUGUUCUCGAGCCCUCCUUGGAACAGUCCUCUCCUUGCACUGAAGCUGGAAGUGCCGAGGCUAGCCUCUUGGACAUGAAGGA